CGGUAUAACGGCUCACAUGUCCCCUCCGUGAUGCGUUGUGGCGGGAAUGACACUCCGUUGCCCCUGGUUACCCGCGCCAGGUGUCGGGUGCCAUUCGCUCGCCAUUUUUUUUUCAACACCUGUCCUCGCUACGGUCGAGUGAGCCUGAGGCCGCGCCCCCUCCCCGCGAAACAGACGCAGGUGAAAAGACGCACUCAUGAUCUCGCCCACGUCCAGCAAGGCCGAAAUGGUGACGCAGGGUAAAGUCCACGUCGACUCCACGGAGGUCGUCGAAGAGAGGAACUCGGGCGGCCUGGGAUGUUUUGGGUGGAUACUGGUGGUGAUAUCACUCGUCUUCAUCGCCGCGACCUUCCCCGUCACCAUUUUUAUGUGCGUCAAGAUAGUGCAGGAGUACGAGCGGGCCGUCAUCUUCAGGCUGGGCCGUAUCGUAGACAGGAAACCCAAAGGACCAGGUCUUUUCUUCGUACUGCCGUGCACCGACAACUUUGUCAAGGUGGACCUGAGGACCGUGUCCUUUGACAUCCCGCCGCAGGAGAUCCUGACCAAAGACUCGGUGACGGUGAGCGUGGACGGCGUGGUCUACUUCCGCAUCGAGUGUCCCAUCUCGUCCGUGGCCAACGUGUCCAACGCGCACUCUUCCACGCGGCUGCUGGCACAGACCACGCUGAGGAACGUUCUGGGCACCAAGAACUUGGCCGAGCUGCUGUCCGACAGAGAGGGUAUAUCGCUCGGCAUGCAGGAGUCUCUGGACGAGGCCACCAACGCGUGGGGCAUCAAGGUGGAGCGCGUGGAGAUCAAAGACGUGAAGUUACCACAACAGCUGCAGAGAGCCAUGGCGGCCGAGGCGGAGGCCAGUCGAGAGGCGCGGGCCAAGCUGAUCUCAGCGGAGGGCGAGAUGAAGGCCUCCCGGGCCCUGAAGGAGGCCUCGCUGAUCAUCGCCGAGUCGCCAUCCGCCCUGCAGUUGCGGUACCUGCAGACGCUCAACAGCAUCGCGGCGGAGAAGAACUCCACCAUCAUCUUCCCGCUUCCCAUCGACAUACUGCAGAACUUCAUGCAGAAGAAGUGAAGCAUGCUGGGAAGUACCCUUGCUUUUACAUGUCGGCCCCUCCAGGAUUUUGCUGGCUUUUUUCGUGAUUGUCACAACUUGAAACGCUUGAAUGUGCAGAAUUAUAUUUCAUUUUUUUAGAAUGUUGCGGCUAAAAGGUUUUUUUUUCCCAAAAAAUAUUUUCUAAAAAAUGUUAUCUAAAAAUUUUUCAGACUUAAAUAUUUGUUAUUUUUGGAAAGUUGCGGCUAAAACUUAAAAAAACAAUUCCCCCAAAAAAUUCCAAAAAAUGCUAUCUAAAAAAAUCUCAGAUUAAAAUAUAUUUUUUUAGAAAGUUGCGCCUCAAAAACACGUUUAUCUAAAAAACGUUCAGACUUAAAUAUUAGUUUUUUUUUAGAAAAUUGCGGCUAAAAAAGUUAAAACAUAUAUAUAUUGUACAAAAUCUACGAUUUACAUACUUAAAUAUAUGUAUAUUUUUAGAAAGUUGCGGCUAAAAUUGUUGUUUUUAAAAAGCAAAAAAAAUUAAAAAACAUUUUAGCUCAAAAUUUUCAAACUUAAUUUUUUUUUAAGAAAGUUGCAGUUAAAACUUUUAUUUUCCCCCCCAAAAAUUCCAAAAAAUAUUCAGACUUAAACAUUUUUUUAACAUUCAAUCAAAUAUGUGAUUUUAUAAAUUUGUUUUAACAUUUUAAUAGAAUGAUUUAACAUGAUUGCAGCAAAAAAUGUAUAUCAAGCUUGUUUUACUCGUUUUAUAAAGUAGACACUAGAUGGCAGUAAAAGCACAUACUCAGGAUUGUCAAAGUACAGCACUAUUUUUAAAUUAUAAGAAAUAGUAAUCAUUUAUUACACAAGAUAUUUGCCAUUUUACACGUGAAAAA